UGGGUGCGGACCGGGCGGGGCCGGGCGGCGCCGGUGCGGACCGUGGCUGAGGCGGUGGCAGCAGCGGAGGAGCGGCGGCCGCGGGGAGCGGUCCUGUCCUGUCGGACCUCGUUCGCCUGCCCGCACGGUGCUCCGACGCGGCUUCGGGCCCAGCGGACUUAGCCCCCGGCCAUGGACUCCCAGAAAGAAGCACUACAAAGGAUCAUUUCAACUCUGGCAAAUAAAAAUGAUGAAAUUCAGAACUUUAUUGAUACACUAAAUCAAACACUAAAAGGAGUUCAGGAAAAUUCUUCUACCAUACUUUCAGAGUUAGAUGAAGAAUUUGAUAGUUUAUACUCUAUAUUGGAUGAGAUGAAAGAAAGUAUGGUUAACAGUAUAAAGCAGGAACAAGCUCGUAAAUCACAAGAGUUACAGAGUCAGCUUAGUCAAUGUAAUAAUGCCCUGGAGAACUCUGAAGAACUGCUAGAAUUUGCAACGCGGUCAUUAGAUAUAAAGGAAGCGGAAGAAUUUUCAAAGGCUGCCAGACAGAUCAAGGAUAGAGUAACAAUGGCUUCAGCCUUUCGCCUUUCUUUGAAACCAAAGGUCAGUGACAACAUGACUCAUUUAAUGGUGGAUUUUUCUCAGGAAAGACAGAUGUUGCAAACUUUGAAGUUUUUGCCAGUCCCCAAAGCUCCAGAGAUAGAUCCAAUAGAGUGUUUGGUGGCUGACAACUCUGUGACAGUAGCUUGGAGAAUGCCAGAAGAAGAUAAUAAGAUUGAUCAUUUUAUACUGGAAUAUAGGAAAACUAAUUUUGAUGGACUUCCACGUGUAAAGGAUGAGCGAUGCUGGGAGACAAUUGAUAAUAUUAAGGGUACUGAAUAUACAUUAUCAGGCUUAAAGUUUGAUUCAAAGUAUAUGAAUUUCAGAGUGCGAGCUUGUAACAAGGCUGUGGCUGGAGAGUAUUCUGAUCCAGUAACCCUAGAGACCAAAGCACUUAACUUCAGUUUGGAUAACUCAUCAUCCCAUUUGAACUUGAGAGUUGAAGACACCUGUGUGGAAUGGGACCCUACUGGAGGCAAAGGUCAAGAAAAUAAAAUUAAAGGAAAAGAGAACAAGGGCAGUGUCCAUGUUACCUCACUGAAGAAACAUACAAGAAGUGGUACACCAUCCCCCAAACGGACAUCUGUAGGUUCCAGGCCACCAGCAGUAAGAGGCAGCAGAGAUCGUUUUACCGGGGAAUCAUACACAGUGCUGGGAGACACUGCUAUUGAAAGCGGACAGCAUUAUUGGGAGGUCAAAGCCCAGAAGGAUUGUAAAUCCUACAGUGUCGGAGUAGCAUACAAGACUUUGGGGAAAUUUGACCAAUUAGGAAAGACAAAUACUAGUUGGUGUAUCCAUGUCAACAACUGGCUACAAAACACAUUUGCAGCAAAGCAUAACAAUAAAGUCAAAGCCUUGGAUGUUACAGUUCCUGAGAGAAUAGGUGUAUUUUGUGAUUUUGAUGGGGACCAUACAUUCUCUGUUUGGUGUGGUGGACUUGCUUUGAGUACUGGGAUGCAGGUUCCAAGUGCUGUGAGAACGCUUCAGAAAAGUGAAAAUGGAAUGACUGGUUCAGCUAGCAGCCUAAACAUUGUUACUCAGUAAUGCCUACUCAGAAUAUGUUUAUCGCCCUCCACCUUUUGAUUGGGUGGCCUAAUCACAGAAACUGAAGAGUGGUGGAAAUGAGAUUUGCUACGUUCUGCUUUAAGGCCUGGAAUCUCUUAGCAUUAAGCAUCCACAACAAAGUAUUCACAGGAACCUACUGUGCAUUAGCAUGGUAGCAAGCAGAUAUCAAGCAAGAAACUGAGAUUUUGAAGAGCACAUGGGGAGAGAGUCAGUGUUUAAAUAAUUAUAUACUUUGACUUUUCUAAUGUUCAGUUACAUACAGUAGCCCUGAGGCCUGAAGCAAAAGCAUUUAAAUCUUCUUUCUUCCAUGUUUUCUCCCCCCACCCUCCACUCCCGUCACCACCAAUUAUUUAGUUGUUACACUGAAGCUUUAAAAAUAUACAGUCCUCUGAGGUUUUCUAAGAAUUGGUUGGGGAUGCUAGACAGGUCUUCUUACAAUGGUUUAUUUCCCCCCUUUCAUAAGUAAGUUAAGUUUUGCUAAAUUAUCCUCUUUUGUGUUAUUGACUAGGUUGUAUAUCAUUUUCUCUUUUCCAAAUAUUGUGGUCUUUCUCUUGUGGUUAUAAGUCAAAAUAGAGAGUGGAUAGGAAGAGUUUCUAGACAUCAUAGCUUAAAAUCACCCAAAUUGCAGUUUUUUACUUGCUGCACUAGCAUUGGCAAAGUGAUACUCUUUAUACGUUGCCCUUUUUAAGUGGACUUCUUUUCAUUCCAUCAUUUUGGAUGAUGGGUAAGAUUUUUAAAAGCUUUAUAUUUUGGUUUUGUUGUCUAGUUUAGUACUACCUUUAAUAGUUAUCUUUGGUAAAAUUCCCCCUUGAACUUGGUAAUAACUGAUAAUACUUAUACUGAUACUUAACAUUUCUAGUAGGAAUGAAAGUUUAUUGAAGUUGUAUAGGAGGUAGGAAAACCUACACUGUUUAAGUUUUAUCUAAUAAGAAUAAGGCUAUUAAGGGAGAUGCCUAAAACUAUUCUUUACUGAAGUCAUUUAUAUCUGCUUUUUAAUAAGACAGAAUGGUUUAAACAGUUGUUUGAAAAAAUAUAUACAUAUCUCUGACUUAUUAGGCACAUGAGUUUUUCAGUCAUAUUUAGAGGUUUUCUCUCAGUCCUUUUGCUACAUUCAUUUGCUUUCUAAAGGGGUGUGAUUCUUCUGAAAAUGUCAACAUAGAAUAAUCUUUACCAAAGUUAGGGAAAAUGUGUUAACAAUGAGGAAAACCGAUGGUGAUUGACAACAUAUUUAUUUUUUAAAAGUUGAUAAAAUUUGUAAAACAAUCCUUUGAACCAAAAUGAGAGUUGUAAUUACAGUGGUAUUUAAGAAUUCCUUGGCUGUUUUUAAAGAGGUCUAAGUUUUUAUAUUCCUUAAUUUUUGAAACUUUUACUUUCUGAUUUUGACUUUCAUUCUCCUUUUAAGUAUAUUGUGCUUGACAACCUUCUUCUAAGAAAUAACUGAUGCUGCUUACAUUGGAGUUGCUUUCUACAGAAAGGCCCGUGGAAUAGGAAGAGCUCAUUCUUUCUUAAAGUUUACUGUUUACUGAUAGGAUGUUUUAUUCAUUUUAAUACAAAUCUAAAUGAGGAAUUUUAUUUGAACUGAUAUUUUCCCAGAGGACUGUCAUAACUGCACCACUGAUGACAUACUGGUAUUUUAAAGACUAUAAGGGAGUUUAGAGAAUGAAAUAUGUCAAUAGAUAUAUUUGAUUCUCCAGAUAUAAUUUUGUUUCUUGCUCCUCCUGGGGAUUUUCAAUGACUUUUUUGGAUGUUCUGUUCCCUACAGCAUGGUUAUUCCAGGUCCUAAGGAAGCGGGAAGUUACAGUUUUUUCAUAGAGUCACACCUGAAAGCAGUAAUUUAGUGGAGGAGCUGCUUCAUGUGAACGGUUGUACCUGUAUAUUUUGGAAAAAUGACACAGAAAAAGCCAGAAAUGCUUGUAUAAAUUUUUUACGAUUAUGUCUUAUAUAAUUGUGUCUUCUCUUUAAUUCAGUGCCUUCUUCCAGUCAGCAUGCUCUUCUUGCUUCGCGCUCCAUGCCCCAGGCAGUGUCAACUGGUACUUAAGCCAGAGACCAUUAUGUACUAUAUCGGCGAGGGCCUUCUAUUGCAGGGGCAUGGGGAAAAGGAAAUACUAAUCAGGGUCUGGUGGAGUGUAUAGGAUUCCUGCCUGUGCUCAUGCUAGCAUUCGAACCUUGCGUAUAACAUUUUCUAAUAUUCAUUUGGAAAAUUCAUUGGAAGUAAUACUAUUAUUACUUCAAAAUAAUAAUCUGAGGUUUUCCUGUUACUGUACUUCUUAAAGGUCUCUAAAAUUAAAGAGCAAAAUGUGUGGGGUUUUAGUUUAGUUGUUUUAAGUUUAUUUGCGUUAAGUUAAACUGGAGAGUUUGCAGCCUUCAUUUUCAAACUAGAAAAUAAUCAACUGUAGUGCCUCUUUAAAUAGUCUUAAGUGAAGGUACCUAUUAACUUGACUAUAUAUGUAACAUUCUCAUUGAUUUUAAAUUUAAAAAUAUUGAGCUCUUUUGCUCAAUUUAAUACAUUGUGUAAGUUGGUAUACCCUUUCAAACAUUCUUUAUUGGUUUUGUCACUCUUUGACAGGUCAAACAUGAUUGCUUUCUGUAAAAGAAAUGCAUGAGAGAUUGACAGUAAUGGAUCUAAAAAAUAUAUGUUUUAUAAAAACAUGCAUUUAGUAUUACAUUUCUUUUAGCAGUUGAAUCCCAGCCAGUUUUAGUAAACUGGAUAAAGAAAUGAAGGAAUUGCCUUAAGCACUUUAGAAAAAUAAUUUUUUUACAAUUCAUUUUGAUUCUUUGGGCUGACCGUGUCACAUACGUCUUUAACUUUUGGUAAAUAUGUAUAUACCAAGCAUUUAAUAACAGUGCACAUAGAAAUUUAAUAUACAGUGAUUGUUUGAAUGUUCCAAGGUGGAAAGUAUUAGAGGCAUGCCUGUCUGUACAUGGGUAUAAUUGGUGGCAUCUGUACCAUUUUGACACAUAGUGAACUGCUAGUGUACAGCUAGACUUGGCCUGCUUUGCUCUGCAAACAGUAGUAUUUCUCAUGUUAUCAUCUAAAGACAUGUUGGCUUGGUUUUAUUUACUCACUUAUGAAAUUAGAGCAUGAACAGUAUGAUGUAUAAUUUGAACUUUUUGGACUGAUCCUUGGUGGUAUAAACAAAAGUAAAUAAUUUGUCUUGAAAUGUUUUAAUUAGGCUAAGAUACUCUAUUUCAUAUCUUAGCUAGAAUGAUUAGUUUUUCUCUAUGUACUUUUUCCAUAAAAUUAGUUAUAUAUUUUUGUUUCUUUUAGAAACAGGUUAAAAAUUGGAAAAGGAUAUUAUGGAAAUUAUUUCAGAGUAUUAAUUUUAGAAAAGUCCAAUGUAGACUUCUUACUACAAAAUAUGUGGUUCCAGCUAAAAAAAACUGAUGAUUUUCAAAUCAUCAUAAUAAUUCUUUUCUAAAAAACCCAUAUUUGGAAAACCCAUUAGAUCAGUAUUCAUUCAUUGGCUAAUUUAUACAACAAAUAUUUUAAGUGUCUUUGAUGUGUCAGUCAUACUUUGUAUUCAAAUUUCCAAAAUUAAUGAAGUUUGGUUUACUGUGCGUAUAAUUUUGCUGCUUUUGAGUGGUGUGACAAAGUUUGCAUCUUAAAAACAAUGUUUUGCUAAUAAGUCAGAAAUUUUAAAAAGUAAAUUUGUUAUAGUUUUUUAAAAAAUCAAAUUUUAAUAAGCAUAUUGCACAUAAUAUGGUUCAGUUUCAUAUAAUCACAUAAAAUGGGUCUGGAAAAGUUUCUUCCUUGAUUUUAUUUUUACACUGGAUAUUCUUUUAGGGAAGUGUAUGGUCAGCAUAAAUUUACUCAACAUCCAAGUAACCAUAAAAUUAUUCAUUAUUUUUAACCAAAAUGUACAUUUCAUAAUGCCAGUACUGGAGCAUUAUAAGAGAUCAUGAAUGUUUCUUUAAUCAUCACAGAAAGAUUACCUCAUGUUCAAUAUAAUUUUAGUUUUGUUUGUAUUUUACAGUAUUCACAUUAUGCCAAUAUUUGUGAGCCUGAUAUGUCACCUAUGAUAGUUUUUGUUACUUGGAGUAUUUGAUUAAUGUAAAUACUUUAAGCUUUUUGAGUAAUUUGGUGUUUAAGUGGGUUACAUUUAGUAUAGGUUGUUAUGUUGAAAAGAUGAUGUUGGACAUGCCAUAUAAAAGUUAGUGUUGGCUUAUGAAUACCAGAGAUAGCCAUAGGACUUUCUGCCUCAGACUACAUUAAAACAGUAUUUGUUAUUUCUGGGUCAGUAUAAGGUACUGACUUUUGAUUCAUAACCAUUUGAGCUAUGUAAGUUUAAACCGAUAUAUUUUCUUAAUGGUUCCCAUUCAGUAUAAGUUGUUCCUUGGGAAUGGACAUGUAGAGGAUUUCACAGUAUGUAGGGCAGAAGGGUGGUGGAUGUGUUUGCUUUGGCUUGGAGCUUCUUAAGUUUAGACAGAUUUUAAAAUAAGUCAAAAUGUAAGUGUUUGGUAAAAGGCAUUUUUAUUAGUAUUGGAACUUUUUUGGAGAGCCUAAGGACUAUGAGAAUGCAUUUUAAAAAACAUUUCUAAUAUCUAAGGUACCAAAGCACUGAGUCUGAUUUACCUCUUAAGGGAGACUCUUUAAAAUCAAAUUUAUAACUAAUUCAUACUAUAAGAUAUGUAAUAGCUAAGGUUUUAGAGUAAUUUAUAUUAAAAAGCACUAGUUUUUAAAUGUUCUGGAUAUAUUGUAAAAAUGUUUUGGCUUCAUUUCUUUUAAAGUAUUUACAAUUAAUCACCUUAGCUCUACCAUAUAUUACUAGAUCUAUGACCUUUACAUACAUCAUUUAUAAUCUUUGGGCCUCCAUUGCCUUACAUAAAAUAAUUGUAACUUGCUCAGCCUACCUCACAGGGCUGUUGUGAGGAAUAAAAUGAAACGGAGUAUGUGAAAUUGCUUCAACAACAGAAAAUGCUAUAUAAAUGUAAUGUAUUCUUUUCACUUAAUAAUGGAUUUCAGUGUUUGGAUACUUCUAGAUGCCAUUUAUAUUGAUAAAACAUGUGCUGAAAGUGGUAUCACCAGAACUUCAAACAUGACUUUAAAAACAAUCAAAACCCUGAUUAAAAUGCCCUUUAACAUUCUUUAGUUUGUGCAUGACCUGUGUGGCCUUUUUGUGUUUUCUCAUCAAACGUGUCAUUCUAUAUCAAGACUUUCUAGAACUGUCACAUUUCUCCCACAGCAUCAGUGUGUCACUGUAGAAUAGUAGCACAAAUAAAUGAUUUAAGCUGUGUUUCCAUCCAGGCAUUUGCACUUUCAAUUUAUGACUGCUCAGUGCCACACGCAAAGAAUAAAUUUGGUCUAAAUAAUUCUUUCCAAACAACGAAAUGGUUAUAAAGUUUGUCAUUGGAUAAAUGAUAUAAGGUGUAUGUGCCCAUUUAACACUGAACAACUUUUGUUGUAUUGUCUUUUUUUUUUUUUAAAUAUGACUAAGCAUUUCAAAACCUUAUUAACCUGAAUACCAUUUAGUAUCUCUCAUAACAUAUUUGUCCUGCUUUAAAUUGGAUUUAUGAAGUGGUUUGCAGGUUAUCUUGAUCUACAGAUUAUUUGGUACAUCUAUCAUCUGGACAUGGUUUUGCUAUGCAGUUCUGAUAAUAAAAAUUCUUAAUUCCUCAGGUUUAAACUUUAAGUUAUGGAUGAAGAACAUUAAUGAACUACUUAUACUCAGUGCUGCAAACUAGUGUUUUAAUAAGCAUAUUGCCUCAUUUUCCUUGGAAACAAGACAAAGCCUUUUAAAUGGUUUUUAACUUUAAAAUAGUGUAUUCAAAGUGGAGUGACUUGUAUGUUGAAAUGAUUGUAUGCUCUGUAGAGAAUGACCAAGUUAAAUUCUUACAAAAACACUUGGAAUAUCUCAUCUGAAAAUUAAACUUUUUUCUGCUUUC